CUGGAGCCGUCCCCCUUCCACUCUGCCCUCUACAUGCCCCAGGACGAGCUGCCCGUUCCCCCUGACUUCCAGCUGCGCCAGUCGGGCGUCCCCGGUGUCGGUGGCGUCCUGGGCAUCUGGGCACGGAGGACGCUGGAUGUGGGCGAGCGCUUCGGACCAUACGUGGGCGAGCAGCGGGCGUGCCUGAGAGACCCCACUCAAGGCUGGGAGAUCUUGGACGGGUCGGGCCAUGUAAAGUUCUGUGUGGAUGCCAGCGAGCCUGAUAUCGGGAGCUGGCUGAAGCACAUCCAGUUUGCCUCCACGGCCCUCCAACACAACCUGACGCCGUGCCAGAUAGAUGAUCAGAUCUUCUACAGAGUGAUUCGAGAGAUCCAACCAGGAGAGGAGCUGCUUUUGUUCAUGAAGGCAGAGCAGUAUUCAUGUGACACCAUGGCUCCUGAUAUGCACGAGGAGAGACAGUAUCGCUGUGAUGAUUGUGACCAGCUCUUUGAGUCUGUCUCUGAGCUGCUGGACCACCAGAAGGUUCCAUGUGGGACACCCCCCUCAGCCUUCCUGGGGAACCUUGGAGGGGACAGUAGUGACCUGGAGGGCCCUGAGGGCCUGGAGCCCCACGACCUGCACCUGUCCCACAGCCUCAGCCACGACGGUCCCCAGGAGUGUAAGGAGUGUGACCAGGUGUUCCCCGACCUCCAGAGUCUGGAAGCUCACUCUCUGUCUCACUCAGAGGAAAGGGAUUACAAGUGUGACCAGUGCCCCAAGGCCUUCAACUGGAAAUCCAACCUGAUUCGUCAUCAGAUGUCACAUGACAGUGGCAAGCACUACGAAUGUGAAAACUGCACAAAGGUGUUCACAGACCCCAGUAACCUGCAGAGGCACAUCCGCUCGCAGCACGUGGGGGCGCGGGCUCACGCCUGUCCCGAUUGCGGGAAGACCUUUGCCACGUCCUCUGGCCUGAAACAGCACAAGCACAUCCACAGCAGUGUCAAGCCCUUCAUAUGCGAGGUGUGCCACAAGUCUUACACGCAGUUCUCCAACCUGUGCCGCCACAAGCGCAUGCACGCCGACUGCCGUACCCAGAUCAAGUGUAAAGACUGUGGCCAGAUGUUCAGCACCACCUCCUCCCUCAACAAGCACCGGCGCUUCUGUGAGGGCAAGAACCAUUUCACGGCAGGGGGGUUGUUCGCUCAUGCCCAGGGCAUGUCCCUCCCCGGUGUCCCUGGUGCCAUGGACAAGGCCGCUAUGGGUGGGAUGGGGCACAGCAGCGCCAGCCUGGCAGACUACUUUGGGAACCGGCACCACAGCGGCCUGACAUUUCCGACUGCCCCUGGCUUCCCCUUCAGCUUCCCGGGUCUGUUCUCCUCUGGACUGUACCACCGACCCCCUCUCAUCCCAGCCACCUCCCCAGUCAGACGGCCCCUAGGUCCCGGUAUGGAGCACAUCAAGAGCCCCCUCCUGUCGCCUAGCCCCGGAGCCCUGGAGGCCAGAGAACUGCUCAAGACCCUCCGCAAGGAGGCAUUGCCCGGUAGCGAGCAGCCACAGGGGACAGAGCAGCGACAGUCCCAUGGCUCCUCCUCCAAGCAGAGGCACAGCGGCGGCAAGAUGAGCAGCCAAUCGGAGAGCAGCGAUCUGGAUGACGUAAGCACUCCCAGUGGGAGCGACCUGGAUACCACGUCAGGCUCGGAGCUGGAGAGCGACAUGGAAAGCGAAGGCCAGCGGGAGAGGGCACCCCGGGAGAACGGGAAAGGGCCCAAAAGGAAGGCGGGCAGAGGCCCCCAGAGCCCCACCACCCUGAUCAGUAACCACACUAAGGAGUUCCAAGGUAGCCCCGCCUUGUUCCCGCCCUCGCUGGACGAGCACACGGCUGUCUCAGGGGCGGUCAAUGACUCCAUCAAGGCCAUCGCCUCCAUCGCUGAGAGGUACUUUGGCUCCACGGGGCUGGCGGGCCUGCAGGACAAGAAGGUAGGCGCCCUGCCCUACCCCUCCAUGUUCCCCCUGCCCUUCUUUCCAACCUUCUCCCCACCCGUCUACCCCUUCCCAGAGAGAGAGCUCAGACCUCCAGGCCUAAAGGGGGAGCCCCAGUCCCCACCUGACGAACCCUCCAAGAAGCGCCAGAGCAGGACCUCUGAGUCGCCCUUUGACCUUACCAGAAAGCGCAAGCAGGAGGAGAAGGUCCUCGCCCCCUUCGCCCCCGUCUCCAAAUCCAAACCGGAGGCCUCCUCACGUUCCACCAAUCAGGACCAGCCGCUGGAUCUGAGCAUGGGCAGCACCAGGAACCGCAGCAGUAGCCACGCCCCCCGGGGGGAGGAAUCAAAGAAGAUCCACGUGUUUGGAGAAGACAAGGCAGGCAUGGAGCUACCUAAAACCGACACCUCUCUGCAGCACGCCAGGCCCACCCCCUUGUUCAUGGACCCCAUCUACAGGGUUGAGAAGAGGAAGAUGACCGAUCCGUUUGAGGCUCUGAAAGACAAGUACAUGCGGCCCGCCCCCGGCUUCCUCUUCCAUCCACAGUUUCGUAUGCCAGUUCAGAGAUCCUGGAUGUCGGCCAUUGAGAACAUGGCGGAGAAGCUUGAGACAUUUGGUUCGCUUAACCCGGAGUCAGGUGACCUGAUGCGCUCCGUCCCCUCCAUGUUUGACUUCCGAGCUCCGCCCACUGCCCUCCCCGAGACGCUACUGCGGAAGGGCAAGGAGCGCUACACCUGCAGAUACUGCGGUAAACUAUUCCCACGGUCUGCCAACCUGACCCGCCACCUAAGGACACACACAGGAGAGCAACCGUACAGGUGUAAGUACUGCGACCGCUCGUUCAGCAUCUCCUCCAACCUGCAGCGCCACAUCCGCAACAUCCACAACAAGGAGAAGCCCUUCAAGUGUCACCUGUGUGACCGCUGCUUCGGCCAGCAGACCAACCUGGACCGUCACCUCAAGAAGCACGAGAACGGUAACCUCUCAGGCACGGCUGCGUCCUCCCCUCGGUCAGAGCUGGACAGCAGCAGCGCCAUCCUGGACGACAAAGAGGACUCCUACUUCAACGAAAUACGAAACUUUAUCGGCAACACAGGCCAGAACCAGCCGUCCCCUGACCAUUCUGAGGAAGGAUUGAACGGUGGUCCUAUCGAGGAGGAGAAGCCCCUGGUGGCCAGCCAUGGGUCAUGUGACCUGGAGGAGGGGGAGGAGCUUGGCGCCGAGGAGGAGGAAGGGGAGCAGAGCAACAACGCUGACGGGAAACCUAGGGACGAAGCUCUCCCCGGCAACCUAGAUGGUGACAUCCUACACAACGAAAUAGAAUUUGACGGCCCUAGCGAUUUGGAGCUUAACUGCAAGACCUCCCCAAGGAGGUAUGAGGAGGAAGAGGAUCAGAGUAGCUACUCUGCGCUGGAUCACAUCCGUCACUUCUCUGACAUGCAUAAGAUGGAGGACAGUGAGUUCAGUGACGGGGACGGCACCUCCUUCGGCUCCCCCAGCCUGCCUGAGGCUGUCAAACAGCCCCUGUACAGGAAAUCCAAGUCCCAGGCGUACGCCAUGAUACUAUCUCUGGCUGACAAGGACGCACUCCACCCAGCCAACCACACACCAGCCACCAUGUGGCACAGCCUGGCGCGGGCCGCUGCUGAGUCCAGUGCCAUCCAGUCCCUCAGCCAUGUAUGAUACCGCGAUCCCUGACCCCUGACCCCUAACCCCCCCGACCCCGACCUAUCGCACUGAGAAGCCUUGGGGUCCGUCAGCGGGGCCCCUGGCCCUUGGCCCGUCACAGACUGCUGAGCAGAACCACGGCCCAUCUGACUGUUGAGCAGAAUGCCUUACACACGUGCAGGGUCACCGUCCACAGAGAACCGCCCAGCCCUCCAAGAGAUCCAACAAACAUCCCUUCUGUGACCUUAAAUUGAGUCAGUAUGUUUAAUAUCAACGACAACGAUGAUGAUAGUGAUUAUUGACUAUGGUGAUGAAAAUAACAAUGGUAAGUAAUAAUAGCUGUAUUUAUUCUGUUGAGUUCUUACGUUUUGCACAGCAGCGGCAGCUGGUAGGAGGGAUGAUGGAGAUGGUUUUGUUAGAUGUUACAUUGCUAGAGCAUUUCAUGUGUCCACUCAGCUGAGAACAGUCUUCCUCAGUGUGAAGUCGGUUGUAUUUAGAGAACCCAUUCGUGACCGCGGUCCAACCACGGUUUGAUAUGUGUACAGAGUACAGGCCCUACCUAGCCCCACAUAGCCCUACCUAAUCUUACCAGGCCACACCUAAGCAUCCCUAGCUCCACCUAGAACCUCAUAAUCCUACCUAGACCUACCAUGCCAAAAUACAGCUACCUAACCCCACAUGGCCACUCCUAGCAUACCUGGCCACUCCUAGCAUACCUGGCCACUCCUAGCCUUCCCAGCACCACAGCUUCAGACCUUCUCAGCUGAAUUGGAGUAUCAGUGAAAUAUGUUACGAGAAUGAUUCCCUUUAACCCCUGGAUAUAAACAGGUGUUUUCCAUCAACAUGUACUUAUAUAAAUGCUAGGAUACUUGGAAGGGUGGGGCUGAAUAACAACUUGGGUCCAAAUAAACUUCACCUCUCCAAGAAAGAUGGUGCUACAAACGUAUUACGACAAGAUUGUUGAUGAACGAAGAACAAAAGAAAAAUUGAAAACGGAGAAAAAUCGGACUGGUUUUACAACCCAAGAAAGAGUUUGCAUAGCUGCGUGUGUCUGCACAAUCACAGAACUGUACACGAGUGUCUGCAAACUGCGGCUCUGAAGCUGCACUCCGUCCCACCCUGCUGCACUCUCUGUGAAAGGAUCUAAAUAGUUUGUCAUUUUAGUGGAAGUAAAAAAGAAACCACAAUCUUUUUUUUUUACUCUGAAAAAGUAGCAAGUGCUGAAUUAUCGUUGGGCAUCUGGGCAUCCUUCCUCCUUCCCGAAACCCCAAACUCAUCGUAGUCGGCCAACGAUACCACUAAUUAGCCUAAAUGCUAGUUGUUAGCUACCCCCUUCCUCGUGUGUCUUUCAUUUUUUAGACAAUCAUGUUUUCUUGUGUUGUUUUUUUCUACAUUUUUAUUGUUGUUGAUGUUGAUGUUAUUGCUGUUGUAUGUUGAGAAUUGUAUUUAUUUCUUGGCAAACUGUAGUUUGUUUACUGAAUAGCACUGCUCUUACCCAUAGCGAAGGGUAGAUUCCUCGCUGGGGCCUACUCCAGAACUCAAUGGGGUUUGUAGACGACGUUUGAGUGCCGGAUAGUAUUAAACAUACCAUUCACUCUUUAUUCUUCUAUUGAAACUGGUUGAUGAUGAAUAGAUAUUACUUCGGGUUUUUUUGUACGACAAUUUAUUGAUUCAAUUGUAAAUGGAAAAAACAAACAUUAUAAAGACAUGAACAAAUAAAAAGAUGCCAGGUAUAAUUUCUUCAUAAUCGCAUGAUUGGUCUUCAUAGAUCUGUAUCUGGCAGUUUUCUACGGUGGUCUGCAAGCUUGUGUGACGUUCAGUCCAUGUUAAUCCCUUGUGCCAAACCUAUAAUAAAUAACAGAUUAUAUUCAUUUAUCCUCCCAUUUUGAGGGACCAGAUUGUUUGUUUUUUGUCGUUGUUGUUUUUGUUUAUAAUCCAUUUUAAAAAGUAAUCAGCAAGUGGAGGUACUUUGUUUUAAUGCUUUCUACAAUGUAACUGUAAUGCAAUUCAAUUCAAUACUGUGGGAGGAUCAACUAAGAAAU